AUGGAGGGCUGGUUAAGUUUGUGUUUCAUAGCACUAUGCACGCUAAUGGCCCUUUGGUUUCGCAAGCUUUCUUGUGGAAACAGAAAGCCACGGCUGCCUCCUGGGCCAUGGACUCUUCCGAUCAUCGGCAGCCUCCACCAAGUCGCCAGUAUGCUCCCGCACCGCAGGAUGAUGGACUUGUCACGCCGGUAUGGGCCGCUGAUGCACCUUAUGCUCGGCGAGGUCCCCACGGUGAUCGUCUCCAGCGCCGAGGCGGCGGCGUUGGUGAUGAAGACGAACGACCUCGCCUUUGCUGGCCGGCCGCACAGUGCGACGCUGGACAUCUUCGGCUGCGGCGGGAGGGGCAUCGUCUUCGCCCCCUACGGUGACCCAUGGCGCCAGAUGCGCAAGGUCUGCACCAUGGAGCUCCUCAGCUCCAAGCAGGUGAGGCGUAUGGACGGCAUCAGGCCAGAGCAGGUGGGCAACCUUCUCCGUUAUGUCGCGGCCGCAGCAUCCACGGGCGCCGCCGUCGAUGUCAGUGAGAAGGUGAUGGCGCUCAGCAACGACGUGGUGUCGCGGGCGGUGUUCGGCGGCAAGUUCCCGCAGCAGGAGGAGUACCUACGAGAGCUGGAUGAGGCGUUCGUGCUGCUAGGUGGUUUCUGCCUCGUCGACCUCUUCCCGUCAUCGCAGCUGGUGCGGUGGCUGAGCAACGGUGAGCGCCACAUGAGGAGGAGCUAUGGCCACAUCCAACGUAUCAACGCCGACGUCAUCGAGGGGCGCAAGGCGGCGCGAGCUGCCGCACAGGACGAUGCCUCCAGCACCGACGAUGAUGACUUGCUGGACGUGCUACUCAGGCUGCAGGAGAAGGACGCGUUCACAUUCCCUAUGACCACGGAGAGUAUAGGCGCCGUCUUAUUUGACAUAUUUGCAGGUGCCACUCAGACCACGGGAGUUGCCUUGGAGUGGGCGAUGGCUGAGCUCGUCCGUCAUCCCGAAACCAUGGCCAAAGCACAGCUUGAGAUCCGAGAGGUGCUAGGUCAAGGUCGAGCUGUGUUUACUAAUAGUGACCUCGCCGGACUCCAUUACAUGCGGAUGAUCAUUAAGGAGGUUCUUAGAUUGCAUCCACCAGGUCCUUUGAUCCCCCGCAGGGCCAGGGAAGACCGUAAAGUUAUGGGUUUUGACAUGCUUGAAGGCACCAAUGUAUACAUUAAUGCGUUUGCAGUUUCUAGGGAUCCAAAUUGUUGGGAAAGUCCUGAAGAGUUUAAGCCUGAAAGGUUUGAGAACAAUAACAUGGAUUACAAUGGGACAUACUUUGAAUUCAUCCCCUUCGGUGCUGGUCGGAGGCAGUGCCCUGGCAUACUUUUUGGCACGUCAACCAUGGAGAUCGCUUUGGCAAAUCUUCUCUACCACUUCGACUGGGUGCUUCCUGACAAGGCAAAUCCAGAAUUUUUGGACAUGACCGAGAAAUACGGGAUCAUCGUAGGAAGAAAAUAUGACCUACAAUUGUUACCCAUUUCCCAUGGAGGUUUCCAUGCCAUAUAG